GUUCGAAUAGCGUGGGCACAGUAUCAGGGGUGUUUAGCAGAUUGGUGAAGUUUGAAACUCUGAUAUUGAGUGAUUUCCCGAUAGGUGCCACGCUAGCGAACAACUUCUGCAAAUGGAGCAAAUAGUGAAAACCCGAGACGUGGAAAAGUUUGUGUCGGAAACGAAGUACUUCCUUGACGAGUUUGAUUCUAUCAUCAGCCACUGGGAUCUCUCGGGAAAUUUCUUUCUGCACUACUUGAUCGAGAUCCACGAGAAUGUGACACAGCUGCUAUCCCGGUUUACCACUCUAUCGCUUGAGGGAGUAGGCGAUCGGAAAAGCAAGCCGUUCUUCAACCUGAAGUGUUGCGACCUCGAAUUUCAAACAGUAAAGGACUUAAGACUGCACCAUCAUUCUUGUCGCCACAAGAAGUCGCAUUUUGAGGAAACGGACAACUGCGAGCUGAAAUCUGCCCUGCUGAAGUUAGCAUUUUUCAAUCGGAGGGUAAGCGAAUACGUACAGUAUGGAACGAUAGCCGACCGCUACUUGUGCCUGUACCUGAAGAAGAUUCUGAAAAAGAUCAUCAUCACGUUGGACACGUUCAACCUGUAGGCUAGGUUUGCUGUUGAAGUGUAGCCGUUAAGAUAAUGAUUUAUACCGUAUUUUUAUUUUAUGUAUCAUCAAUGUUAGCUGUAACAAGAAAAAAGCAGGGGUAACGGAAAGAGUGG